AUGGAAAGACCCUCGUUUCUGGAUCAGGCUCCACCUCCUGGGUAUAUAGCAGGUGUAGGGCGUGGAGCAACAGGAUUUUCAACUAGAGGUGAUCCAACUACUAAAGGCAAGGUCCCCAAGAGAUUUCAAUUGAAUGACAAGGGUCUUGACACUCGUACAGGUCAUAACACCAAUUUGGAGCCGGAGGACAAGGAGGAUAAAGAAGCUGAAGAAAUCUUUGCAGCUAUCGAAACUAAACUGUCAACCAAAAGAAGAGCUCCAAACAAGACCGAGAGCGACACGACAGAUAAUAUCCCUAAACAAUUUGCCGAUUUGAAGAGGUCCCUUGCCACUGUGACUGAUGAAGAAUGGCUCAAUUUACCAGAUGCAGGUGAUAUCACUAAGAAGCAUAAGAGGGAAAGACUGCAAGAUCAAUUGAAUAGAAAGGAAUACGCAGCUCCAGAUACGCUUAUGAAUAGUAACGUCAACUUGUCUAAGUUGACAGAAGAACGUGAAAAACUGUUGGCCAGACAACUAGAUGCAAAUGUAUUAAGCACUCAGGGGCGUGAUGAAACGGCGACUAACGUUACCACCUACUUAAGUGAAUUGGACAGGUCGACUGUUACAAAUUUAGAGACAUCUGGUCAGCUGGAAGAUGUGAAGAAAAUGAGAACAAUACUAGCCUCGUACAGGAAAGCUGACCCAACGAGGCCCGAAGGUUGGAUCGCUUCAGCUAAGCUUGAAGAAAAGGCAAAUAAAUUCAAGACGGCCAAGAACAUAUUGGAAGAAGCCUGUCAACAGUGUCCUAGAAGUGACGAGGUAUGGUUAGAGCGUAUCAGGUUGAAUGUUUCCGAUAUUCCUCUAUGCAAGACGUUGGCGGCGGACGGUAUAGCUUUCAAUCCACAUUCUUUACAACUGUGGUUGAAAGCCACAGAUCUUGAGUCUGAACCCUUCAACAAGCGCCGAGUGGUUAUGAGAGCUCUGCAAGAGCUACCCAAGAACGAAGAACUUUGGAAGCUUGUCUUGAAGUUUGAAGAUGAUCAAUCGGAGCGGCAAAAGAUUCUGUCAAAGGCAGUGGAGCUUAUUCCUCAAAGCAUGUACCUGUGGGAAAAACUUGUGGAAACCCAGGAUUAUACAAGUGCCAAGGAAUCGCUCAAUGGAGCUAGAAAACAACUUCCUGGCGAGUGUCGGGUGUGGAUAUUGGCGGCCAAGAUCGAAGAGCGGUUUAAUGAAAAUGUUACUGUCGAUAGAUUGACAAAGCUCCUGAAUAAUGGUAUGAACCAGCUAAGUAAAAAUGAAAGUAACCCCGAACUAUUAGUGUGGCUACGCCACGCUCAAUCCCUGGCCACUAGACCCGAAUCUCAAAAAGUUGCCGUUGCCAUUGUGAGAGCCGCUUUAAGUAGAGAGGAUAUUCAGUCAGGUGAGUCAUCGGUUUUGGAUACUAUUAAGGAAAUGAACGAUUCGAUUGUCAAAAUAGUCGCAUACCGCACUUUGUUGCAUGAACUACCUGUAAAAUAUAGCAUCUGGAAAGCACUUCGAAUUGCUUGCGAAAAUACGAAGAAAAUGCAUGAACUUUAUGAAACAUACGAGGAGCUGCUUUUCAAGCAAGAUACUGAUUUUAGAAUUCUGAAGGAUAAUCCAACUUUAUCCCUCAUGUAUUCAAAAGAGGUUUGGAAAUAUGGUCAAGAUACUUCCAAAGCAUUGGAAAUCCUCAAUAAAUCUAUUCAAGUGAUACCGACCUAUAUGGAUUUUUGGAUAGCAAAAUUGAAAGUGUUGUGCCUUUCUUCACAGUUCGAUAUUGCACAGGAUACUUUUCUUCAAGCAAUUGAUACACAUUCACAAUCAGAGAGUUCGAAUCUCCACAGGCUGUACCUCAAGUACGUCAAUUUCCUAAGGUUCAGAAACGAAAAUCAGAGAGCUAUCGAUUUUUUGGAACAAGAAUGUAUUGGCAGAUUCCCUAAUUAUUACAAAUUCUAUAUUCAGUUGGGACAAAUCUAUCAGUAUAUUGGGCAGCCAAAGAAAAUGCGAGAAACCUACAGUAUAGGCUCAAAAACCCUACCACACUGCGCUAUACUGUGGAUUUUGAAAGCUAAAGCUGAUGAAAUUGACUUCCAACAACCAACAAGAGCACGGUCGGAACUCGACAAAGCACUUUUAAAGAAUCCCAAUGAAAUCUCCUUAUAUCUAGCCAAAAUUCAAAUGGAAGUUAGAUUGGGUUUUCAGGAUCAAGCUAGAUUGAUUGUUCAGCAGGCGUUACAAAAGUUCCCUAACAGCCCCGAUCUUUGGUCAGCAAAUAUAAGUCUUCUCCCUGCCAAAAGAGCAUCAAUGAAAAAAACUAUGUUCCAAGAUGCUUUGAAGAAAACGAACAAUAGUUGCCAAGUACUGCUUGAGAUUGGGCUAUCGUUUUACCGAGACUCUCAGUUUGUGACAGCGUUGAAGUGGUUUGAUAGAGCUUCAAAGAGCGACCCAAAGUACGCAGACGCUUUUGUGUGGUCAGCAAGAUCUACCAAGAGAUUAAAGAAAGAUACAACACCAAUCUACGACCAUGUAGAACAGUGCGAACCAGUUUACGGCCCAUUAUGGAUAUCAAUCGCCAAAAAUGUCCGAUACCAAUACUUGAAGCCAUCUCAAAUUCUUGACAUCUUAAUAAAAGAUUGUUGA